AAGUUGGUGAAGGACAUGCGAGACCUUGAAACUACCCUGAGCAACUUUGAGAAGGAGAAACAAUUGGUUGCAUACUUCGCCAACAUCGGGGGAGACGGUCUGAAGAGCAUCGUGCGAAGUAUCCUUACAUGCGUCAUCAGCAAGGACCUAGCACGACAGUAUAACUGGGUCGGCAAAGGAACAAAAGAAGCAUUUUGCAAGCUGAGGCUUGUUGCUGUUAUCCGCAGAGCUGUUCGAAGAAACCCAUCCGUGCAGUCAGCCACAAAUGCCGAAAUUGACGAGGUGAUCAAAGUGUGGCUCCGCUACUCAAAAGACCGAGAUGGUGGCAGGGCAGCAAGACGAGCAGCCGCUGCAGCUGUAGCUGAACCUGCAGCAAGCAAGAGCCCUUCCAACCUUGAUGAACUAUCCACCGAGGAAUACAGCAGCAACAGUGACAAGGAAUGAGUGUUGUUUAGUGGUGUUUCAUAAAAGAUGUAUUCUUCAUUUAAACAGUUUAUAUAGUACCAUUCAAAAGCCUUUGUUAAAUUAUAGUUGUGUUUUGAGAUGACAUCUUAAAAGUGUUACUGUGUUAUUUUUCAGUGGAUUCCAUAUGUUGAAAUUGUGAUUCUUUUGCAAUGAACCCCAAAAUUGUAAAAGUCUUGCUUCUUAAUCGAUUGUGUGAUGACCAGUGUGGGUUGGUGCAUAAAGCCUGAUUUAGUUUUCAUUUGGCAUUUGAAACACUGGUAUUUAGUGAAUAUCUACAAUAAAACCUUGAAGUGUCAUCUGAGAGAUUUACUUCCAGUUACCAAUCCGAGUGAAAGUCAAGUACACUAAGGCCUGCUGCAACCUAAGUUGCCUACAAUUACCAUUUGUAAAACAUCCUUUGUGAACUUAUUCUUGUGGAGGUUAUUUUAAUGUAAAACUUUGCAUGAUGUGGGAAACUUUCGAAAACAAAAUUUUUUGUGACACCAUUUAAUAAGUGGAGCAACUGGUAAUGCAAAACAUAUAAACUAUACUACUAUAAACAUAAGUGUUUGAUCUUCAACACUAAGUACUUUUUCAGAGAAAUCCAAGCUCCUCUUCUGCAAGCAAUGCUUGAUAAAUCCCUUGCUGGGAUGUUAAUAGAGGGAACUUGAAAAAUAUAUCUGUCGUAUUCCAAUAGCCGUACACACUCAUUAGUUUCUUGUCUAUCAUUGUUUAAUUAUUUACACUUGAUGCUUUUAAGAACUACCACAGCCCACAGAAGUUAAUAAUUAGUUUGACUACAAAACCUGGUUUUAUAAUGCCGAAACCAUGAAGCUUCUUCUUAUAUUACCCAAAUAAUGAUUACAGCAAAGUUCCAAAGAUUUGUUCUGCAAAGUGAGAGAUUGCUCAGAUUCAUUUUCAGUUGUUGAGGUGACAACAGUUUGUUUUAUUAAAUUAGUGGCAAUAUUGCUGUUCACUUGCCGUUUACUGUUAAAGGUGUUUAAGUGUUAAUAUUUUUAAUAGUUGUUAUUAAGAAAUAUAACUGUUACGCUUUGAGCUUUGAACAAUCUCAGGGACAAUUCUUGUGUUAAAACUUUGUAAUUGUUUUUGUUUGUAAUUGUUUCUAUAAGCCCAUCUCAGAACAAAUGCAGAUAGAAUAACUUAAACUGCAUUGCUGUUUUUGCUAUACAAAAGUUAACUUUUGACAGCCUUCCAAAUACUCUGUGACUGCAAUAUCAUUUUGUAAGAAAAAUGUUAGCAGAUUGGUUAAAACUUUUAAUGCAAUCAGAGUUAUAAUUUAGAUUAAAGUCUAUAUACUAUGAUGAUUUUACUAUCUGUAUAACAACCAUGAGAAACGCAGAUGUACAAUCUCUCAUUUAGUAAACUUAUUUAUAACUUAUUUUGAUCAUUGGACCAAUCAAUCCGUAAUGGUAAAAAAAAAUCUCAGAAAGA